AUGUGGAGGGUGCUGGCGUCGAAGCCCGCGGCUGCGGAGAAGGUGCUGGGAGAGCUGUUCGACGUGCUGUUGGACUGGCCAGUGCACAAGGCGUCGCUGAUUUUGGAUGGGGACCACAUGGACAUCUCUCCCCUGACCGCAACCAUGGCGCUGCAGGAGAUCCUCCAGCGGCCCCCCUGCCCACCGCAGGUGGAGGCAUUUUUCCCCCAGCUCUUCCUGGCGCUGCUGUUCCAGAUUUCUGUCACCGCAGCGCUGACGCCGGAGGAGGCUGAGAUGUGCUGGAGGCAAUGCCAAGGGGAAGAGUCUGCUCUCACCAGCCCCGUCAGGGCCGCAGUGCGGGCCAUGAAAGCGCUGCUCUGCCGUGCCGGCUACGAGCGCCAGGUGCUGCUCAUGGCGAGGAAGGGUGGCUGGGACAUGCUCCUCCGCGCUGAGACCCACCACAGCGGAGUGGCUUUGCUGGCCAGGGAAAUGAGGGAGACCCCAAGAAGCCUGCGAGUUUACCUCCUGCGCCAGCUGGCAGUGCUGCUCCGCCUGGAGGAGCCCUCCCAGGAGAUCUCCAUCCUGGCUUUCCUCGUGGAGCUUGUGGAUUGCCCGGACCUUUGCGAAGAUGAUGAUAUCCUGCUGCUCCUUGCGAGGUAUCUGCAGCAUGGCAGCCAGGUGAUACGUGGGCUGGUGCUCAGAGGCCUCGUCCUACUGUGCAAGAGGCCGCAGACGGUAAGAGAAAUGCACUUCCUGCUGCCACUCAUCAUGGAGCAACUGCGGGAUGCGGACAGCGACAUCAGCACUAAGGCCCUGGUGGUGCUGCGACACAUGGUGCACGUCAUGGGCGAGGAGACGGUGGCCAGCAUUGCUCCGCAGCUGUCCGCGGAGCUCCUGCUGCUCUUUGAUGCCGACGCUGUCCAGGUGCGAGUGCUCUCCACGCGGCUCUUCAGAGAUGUGCUGGCGAUUGUGCUGGGCACCAAAGACCAGCAGCUGCAGAAGCAAGUGCGCAGCAGCCUGCUGCCACUGCUCUUCCACAUGGAGGACGAGAGCUGCAGCGUGCGCCAGGCCUCUCGGGAAGCCCUCCUUCGCGCUGCCAACUUCCUCAAGUGGAAGCAGCUCAGGCAGCUGGUUGAGACAGCGCAGACGUGGAGGAUCGGCGAGUGCCUGCUGGUGAGGGCCAGAAGAGCAGAAGAGUACCUGCACCAGAGCCUGACAUACUUGGAGAGCCCACAGGAGUCCUUGCGAGAGGCAGCCGUGAGGUUCACUGGGCUUGUCGGGCAGCACCUGAGGGGCCGGAGCAAGGAGAAGCUGGAGGACAUCUGCACGGCCCUGCAAGGCUUGCAGGAGGACAGCAGCCCGUCCGUCUGUUGCCUGGCGACGCAAACCAUCCUGCUCCUGAGAGCUCCAGGGAAGAUGACUCCCUCCCCAGGCACCCUCCAAGGCCUGUGCUACCGCCUGAGGAGAGCGUGGGAGCGGUGGCACUGUCCUCUGCGCGGUGACUGUGUCUGCUGCUGGAGCUCGGCUGCCUCCUGAUGCCAGGCUGCUCUGCCCGCAGCGGCCACCUGAGUGUGCGGGGAAGUCGGGGGGUUCCUGGCCUCUCUCCCUGCCCGCAGGACAGCUCCGGCCCUCAGGCCCAGCCCGUCCCAGGCUUGUGCUGCCAGUCCCCCCUCUGCUGGGCUUUCCCCAAAGAAGCAGCCCUGUCUCUUCA